AUGGGGUCCACGCUGCCCGGCGUCCUACUUCUGCUGGUGGUGGCCGCCCUGUCCCCCACUCAGGCCGGCGCGGGCUCGCACUCCCUGCGAUAUUUCACCACCACUUUGUACGGUCCUGGCUAUCCCAAACCUCGGUUCAUGGUCGUGGGCUACGUGGACAACACGCAGAUCUUGAGCUUCGACAGCAACAUGCCAAGUCAGCGGGUGGAACCGCGCGUGCCAUUUCUAGCUCAGGACCCAGAGCAUUUGAAGGAGCUGACUCGACUAGGCAGGGACAUCUUAAUACUUGGCCGAAUAGAACUGUGGACCCUGCUUGGCUAUCAUAGCCAGAGAGAGAAUGGGUCUCACGCUGUCCAGUGGCUGUUCGGCUGUGACUUAGGGCCAGACCACCGCCUCCUCCGUGGGUAUAAGCAUGUCGGUAUUGACGGCCAGGAUUACAUCUCUCUGACCGAGGACCUGCGCUCUUGGACUGCGGUGGAUACCGAGGAGGCUCAGAUCACCAGGCGCAAGUGGGAAGCAGUUGGUGUUGCAAGGUCAUGGAAGUCUUUCUUGGAGGGCAGGUGCGUGGAGUGGCUUCUCAAAUACCUGGAUAAAGGGAAGGAGAUGUUGCAGCGUGCAGAUCCUCCAAAAACAAAUGUGACCCAUCACCCCAGGCCUGAAGGAGAUGUCAUCCUGAGGUGCUGGGCCCUGGGCUUCUAUCCUGCGGACAUCACCCUGACCUGGAAGAGGGAGGAGGAAGACCUGACCCAGGACAUGGAUCUUAUUGAGACCAGACCUGCAGGGGAUGGAACCUUCCAGAAGUGGGCAGCUGUGGUGGUGCCUUCAGGAGAAGAGCAGAGAUACACAUGCCAUGUGCUACAUGAGGGGCUGCCUGAGCCCCUCAUCCUGAAAUGGGAGCCUUCUCCCUCUCCCACCAUCCCCACCAUGGGGAUCAUCGCUGGUCUGGUUCUCCUUGGAGUUUUGAUUGUUGGAGCUGUGGCUGCCAUUGUGAUGAGGAAGAAUACAGGUAGGAUAAAGACAGUGUUUGAGAUUUGGGCCUUACUGAGAAAUUUCAAACCCUGGAAAUAA